GUUUGGGAGUGCGCUGUAACGCCAGCUGCUAGCUGCGGAAAGAACGUUUGCUUGGCGAUUGGUGGGGCCGUCUUCGUGAAUGUGCUUAUCUUGCUCCCAGUGGAUGGCUGCUCCCUGAAUCCGAAUCGUUCCUUCGGUCCGGCGGUGGUCAGCGCCUUGCGAGGAUGCUCCAACUACCAAGAAGGCGGUCUGGAAGCCUUGUGGAUGAUGUUUUUAGGCCCUCUCGUGGGCGGCCUGCUCGCAGCGUUGAUGCAGCGCCCGCUGCAGCCAGACAAGGCCAUCUUCAGUGGCGAAGAGACUGUGGAUUCCCCAAGGAACGAAGAGCCUUCGAGUCAGCCAGAGGAUGCCCUGAAGGAUGUGCCACCUGAUCGCAUCGAGUCCAUGUGA